ACUCAACAAACUUUUUUAUUCUCUCUUUCUCUCUCAAGAAAAGAAUCAAUCAAUCACUAAUUUUACCACUUUUGAGUGUGGGUUUUUAUCUAUUUACUUUCUCUUUUUUACAAAAAUUACAGAGGUAUUUGCUGUCUGCAUUUCGUUGUCAGCCUUUUUUAAAUGAGUUUGGUGGUUCUUGUGAUUGGGUGUGUAUUAAGAGAGUGAGUACUAAAUAAGGAGGAAAAGAAAUAGAGAAUAGAGAGAGAGAAAGGGGGAAAAAGCUCUCUCCUUUCAUCAUUUCAUGGGCUUCUUGAAGGGAUUCGCCGUGUGAAGUGAGUUUUCAUUCAAGAUUUCAAGUCAGGUUUCUCUCGUGUUGUAAACAAUUGAAUUGAUAGUUCGUGUGAUUCAAUGGCUACCAACGGACGACUUAUUGCUGGUUCACACAACCGUAAUGAGUUCGUUCUAAUCAAUGCAGAUGAAGUCGGAAGAGUGACUUCUGUAAAAGAGUUAAGUGGGCAGAUUUGCCAGAUUUGUGGAGAUGAGAUUGAAAUAACAGUAGAUGGUGAGCAAUUUGUUGCUUGCAAUGAAUGUGCUUUCCCCAUCUGCAGACCUUGUUACGAAUAUGAAAGAAGAGAGGGAAAUCAAUCUUGCCCUCAAUGCAAGACCCGUUUUAAAAGGCUUAAAGGGAGUCCAAGAGUUGAUGGUGAUGAAGAAGAAGAUGAGUUUGAUGACUUGGAUAAUGAAUUUGAUCUCCCUCAUAGUGAUUCUGAGGCAAUGCUUUCUUCACGCCUCAAUAUUGGAACAAAUGUUUCCGGUUUUGCCACUCCUUCAGAUGCAUAUGGAGUCAACCCAGAGAUCCCACGUCUUACUUAUGGUCAAGAGGAUGAUGGGAUUUCAUCUGACAAGCAUGCUUUAAUCAUUCCACCAUUUAUGAACCGAGCAAAACGGAUUCAUCCCAUGCCUUUUUCUGAUACUGCUUCAUCUAUCUCUUUGCCGCCUAGGCCAAUGGAUCCCAAGAAAGACCUGGCAGUUUAUGGUUAUGGGACUGUUGCAUGGAAAGACAGAAUGGAAGAAUGGAGGAAAAGACAGAAUGAUAAACUUCAAAUGGUCAAACACCAAGGAGAUGGUGAUGAUGUGGAUGAUCCUGAUUUGCCAAAGAUGGAUGAGGGUAGACAACCACUUUCAAGAAAGCUACCAAUUCCUUCAAGCAAGAUAAAUCCAUACAGAAUGGUGAUAUUAAUGCGACUCGUGAUUCUUGGAUUCUUCUUUCAUUAUAGAAUCCUUCACCCUGUGAAAGAUGCAUACGCUUUAUGGCUCACUUCAAUUAUAUGUGAGAUUUGGUUUGCUGUUUCGUGGAUCUUUGAUCAAUUCCCAAAAUGGUUCCCAAUCGAAAGAGAAACAUAUCUUGAUCGUUUAUCACUCAGAUAUGAGAAAGAAGGGAAGCCAUCUGAAUUAGCUCCUGUGGAUGUAUUUGUGAGUACAGUUGAUCCAUUAAAAGAACCACCACUCAUCACUGCAAACACAGUGUUGUCAAUUCUUGCUGUUGAUUACCCUGUGGAUAAAGUAGCUUGUUAUGUCUCUGAUGAUGGAGCUGCCAUGCUUACAUUUGAAGCUCUAUCAGAGACAUCAGAAUUCGCAAGAAAGUGGGUCCCGUUUUGUAAAAAGUUUAGCAUUGAGCCUCGUGCUCCUGAAUGGUAUUUUGCUGAAAAAGUUGACUAUCUUAAAGAUAAAGUCCACCCUGCAUUUGUCCGUGAACGUCGUGCUAUGAAGAGAGAUUAUGAAGAGUUUAAGAUACGUAUAAAUGGGCUUGUGCAAAUGGCACAGAAGGUUCCGGAAGAAGGAUGGACAAUGCAAGAUGGAACUCCAUGGCCUGGGAACAAUGUUAGAGAUCAUCCUGGAAUGAUUCAGGUUUUUCUAGGUCAAAAUGGUGUUCGUGAUCUUGAAGGAAACGAGUUACCACGUCUUGUUUAUGUUUCUCGUGAAAAGAGACCUGGAUUUGAUCAUCACAAGAAAGCUGGUGCCAUGAAUGCUCUGAUUCGAGUUUCGGCUGUUGUUUCAAAUGCGCCUUAUCUUCUCAAUGUUGAUUGUGAUCAUUACAUCAACAACAGCAAAGCAAUCCGUGAAUCCAUGUGUUUCAUGAUGGACCCCACAUCCGGGAAGAAAAUCUGCUACGUGCAAUUCCCGCAAAGAUUCGAUGGGAUCGAUCGUCACGAUCGGUAUUCGAAUCGAAAUGUCGUGUUCUUCGAUAUUAACAUGAAGGGUUUGGAUGGAAUCCAAGGACCGAUUUAUGUGGGGACUGGGUGUGUGUUUAGAAGACAAGCUUUGUAUGGAUUCGAUGCUCCAGCUAAGAAGAAAGCCCCUGGAAAAACCUGCAACUGCUUGCCAAAAUGGUGUUGCUGUUGUUUCGGAUCAAAGAAGAAGAAAACCAAAGGGAAAUCGAAAACCAAAGAGAGUUCCAAAAAGAGUAAGAAGAUGAAGGAAGCCUCAACUCAAAUACACGCACUUGAGAACAUCGAAGAAGGAAUCGAAGGAAUCGAUAGUGAGAAAACAUCACUGAUGCCUCAGAUAAAAUUCGAGAAGAAAUUCGGUCAGUCUCCCGUGUUUAUCGCAUCAACACUUCUCGAAGAGGGCGGUGUUCCUCCGGGUGCAACCUCAGCAUCACUACUGAAGGAAGCCAUUCAUGUCAUAAGCUGUGGCUACGAAGAUAAAUCCGAAUGGGGAAAAGAGGUUGGCUGGAUAUAUGGUUCAGUUACUGAAGAUAUUUUAACUGGGUUCAAGAUGCAUUGCCAUGGAUGGCGAUCAGUAUACUGUAUUCCCAAAAGAGCAGCAUUUAAGGGUUCAGCUCCGAUUAAUCUUUCAGAUCGUCUUCACCAAGUUCUGAGGUGGGCCCUGGGGUCUGUUGAGAUCUUAUUCAGCAAGCAUUGUCCAAUAUGGUAUGGAUAUGGAUGUGGAUUGAAGCCAUUAGAGAGGUUUUCUUAUAUCAAUUCGGUUGUGUAUCCUUUAACCUCUGUUCCAUUGGUUGCUUAUUGUACCCUUCCUGCUGUCUGUCUACUCACUGGAAAAUUCAUCGUUCCCGAGAUAAGCAAUUACGCGAGUAUUCUGUUCAUGUUGAUGUUUUUGUCGAUUGCUGUAACAAGUAUCUUGGAGAUGCAAUGGGGACGUGUAGCCAUUGAUGACUUAUGGAGAAACGAGCAGUUUUGGGUUAUUGGUGGAGUGUCAUCUCAUCUUUUUGCUCUGUUUCAAGGUCUUCUCAAGGUUUUAGCUGGAGUGAACACCAAUUUCACAGUUACCUCAAAGGGAGGAGAUGAUGGUGAUUUUGCAGAGCUUUAUGUCUUCAAAUGGACAACACUUUUGAUCCCGCCUUUGACUCUUUUGAUUUUCAACAUCAUUGGGGUUAUAAUUGGGAUUUCGGAUGCUAUCAGUAAUGGUUAUGAGUCAUGGGGUCCGCUUUUUGGGAGAUUGUUCUUUGCGAUAUGGGUGAUUUUACAUUUGUAUCCUUUCUUGAAGGGUAUGAUGGGAAAACAGAGCAAUGUUCCAACUAUUAUACUCGUGUGGUCGAUCCUUUUGGCUUCGAUUUUAUCGCUUUUGUGGGUCCGGGUAAACCCGUUUCUUGAUCGAGGUGGGAUUGUGUUGGAGGAGUGUGGAUUGGAUUGUGACUGAUGAAGAUGGAAAUGGAAAUGGAAAAAUGGUGGAAGUAUGUUUAUGAUGACUAGUAAUAGUAGUAGUAUAGAAGAUGUGAAAAAUGGAUGUGUGUAGAUAAAGAAAAGGGAAGGGAUGAAUUCAUAUUUGUUUUUGCAAAGUGUCUUCUUUUACUUCUGAUAUUAGUUUUAAUUGAUUCAUUUAGAUUUUUGUGAGGGGUAUGGGUAAAAUCUGUGUAACCAAAUCCCAUGGACAACAUAAAAGUUCUAGUUUUUUCUCUUUUUAUAUAAUUUAAUUAAUAUCCCAAUUUUCAUCAAGGG